AUGCUUACGUCAAAUAUACUCAAAGGAGUAAAAAAAGGUUUUCCAUUGAAAAUUAAUGCUGUUAAAAUAGAAAAUGUAUCAGUAGAUUAUAAUCCAGAUUUUAUAACUCGUAUUCUUCAACGUAUUGAAUACGAUGCUUUACGAGGUGCUGUUAUUGAUCUUGGCCUGAAUGAAUCAUUACCAGAAACAAUAUCGGAAACAAUUCAACAAGAUGAAACAUUUCUUAAGACAAUGCAUAAAAUCUUACUUGAAUAUGAAAUUGAAGAAGGUGAACUUAUUUGUCCAGAAACUGGACGAAAAUUUCCAAUAUCAAAAGGCAUUCCGAAUAUGUUGUUACAAGAAACUGAAAUAUCAUAA